AUGAAGACCUUUGCCACCGCCGGCGCCAUCGCCUCGCUCGCCCUUCUCACCGAGGCCUGCAUCCUGCCCGAGGAACUUGCCAAUGGCGGCGAGGCCGUUGUUAAGCGCCAGACCGGAAACACAGGCUUAGCCAUUGGCACUGGCAACCGGUUCGCGAACGGCACCGUUCCCCGCGGUCUCGGCACUCAGCCUCCCGGCACCAACCUCGAGACCCUCCUCAAUGUCGGCGAGAUCACAGCUGCCGUCCAGGCUCUCGUCGACGAGUACGAUCUCGAGUCCUUCGUCGCACCUGUCAAGACGUACGAGGGCGCCGAGAUUGUUGGUGCCAAGGUCGGUGGCCAGAAGAACUGCUCUUCCAGCUACCACGUCUACUUCAACGGCGCCAUACACGCCCGUGAGCGCGGCUCCUCCGACAACAUCAUCUACUUCAUCUCGGAUCUGCUGUAUGCCAACAAGCACAACACCGGCCUGCAGUACGGCGGUCGCACUUACACCAACUGCGACGUGCGUCGUGCCCUUGCCGCGGGUAUCGUCUUCACCCCUCUUAGCAACCCUGAUGGUGUCGCUUGGGACCAGAGCACCAACACCUGCUGGAGGAAGAACCGCAACCCCGCGGCCGCCGUGGCUGGCAACCCUGCUUCCGUUGGCGUUGACCUGAACCGUAACUUUGAUGUUGUCUUUGACUUCCUGAACAAGUUCCACCCGGAGGUCGGCCCCAACGUCGCCUCGAAGAACCCACGUGCCCAGACCUACCAGGGCGCGUCUGCCUUCUCCGAGGCCGAGACCCAGGCGAUCAAGUGGGUCAUGGAUGAGCACGAGAACUUGCGUUGGUACAUGGAUGUCCACGCCUAUGCUGGUGUUCUGCUGUACGCAAGCGGAAUCGAUGAGCUUCAGAGCCGUCACCCCGAGCAGAACUUCCUGAACUCGACCUACGACAACGUCCGCGGCCUCAUGCCCGACGACCCUCAGAGCGGCGCCGUCUACGGUGAGUACAUCACACAGAAGGACUGGUCCGACAAGUCGUUCGCCGCCAUGCGCUCCGUCAACGCCAUGGACGCCGCCACUGGUCGCCACUACGAGGCCAUGUCCGCCGCCUACCUGUACCCUACCUCCGGUGCCUCGGAUGACUAUGCCUGGGCCCGCCACCAGAUCGACCCCAGCCUCAACAAGCUUCACGGUUACUGCCUCGAGUUCGGCUUCGGCAACACGGCGGCCAGCUGCGCUUUCUACCCCACGAGCGAGAUUUACCACCAGAACGCGCUUGAAACCGGCGCUGGAUUCAUGGAGUUCCUCCUGGCUGCGACCGAGAUUGGCUUGGGCGAGGAGGGCACUUGCUAG